ACAGUUCUGAUCUAUUCCCAGGUAGCCUUAUAUGAACCGUUCCAUAAGAAUAAUAAAAAUAAAUUUUUUUUCUAGAAAAUCAAUUCUUAUCCUCAUAGAUAUUUUCCCAUGUACUUCCUCGAGCUGAAAAAAUGGCGGCAAGAGCAACUCUGCACAGCAUUCACAGCAGCUCCAUCUCAAAUCCAACCUCUGCAUCCGACCAUACAAGAAAUAUCAUAAGAAAAGAAUCAGCUUUUGCUUCUGUAGAUUCAAAGACAAGGCAAACAGCCAACCAUAAGGCCUCCUCGCUCUCAUGGAAGCUCAACUCCUUCAUAGAAUCUGGGCAGAUGAUGAAAGCUCUCACCUUGUUCACAACUCUCAAUAAGCCGGAAAACUUUCACUGGAAUCUGAUGAUCAGAGGAUACACUAACACCGGCCAAUACGAAGAAACCAUGAAUUUUUACUACCAAAUGCAACAGACAGGCAACCUUGCAGACAACUUCACCUUCCCUUUUCUAAUAAAAUCCUGCACAAAGUUGCCAUCUUUCAGCCAAGGUUUGAAGUUCCAUGGCCAGCUGCUUAAGCUUGGACUCCACUCUGAUACCUACGUCUGCAACUCCCUCAUUUCAAUGUAUUCAAAGCUGGGAUUCUUCAAAUUCGCAGAAAAAUUGUUCCUUGACAUGCCUACAAGAGAGACAGUCUCGUGGAAUGCACUGAUGGAAGGGUAUGUAUCAAAUGGCGAAGGACUGAAAUCACUUUCAUGGUUUAGAAAACUGCAGGAGGAUUUUGGGAUGAAAUCUGACGAGCUUGGAGUUCUAUGCGCCCUUGAAGCUUGUUGCCUGGAAAUUUUACCAAAGAAGGGAAAGGAGAUUCACUGUCACAUAAUCAGGCAGUACGUUGAAUCGGAUAUCAAAGUUCUGUCCACUCUUCUAGAUCUGUAUUGCAAUUGUGGAGAAAUGUUGUACGCUAAGAGAUUGUUCAACAUGAUUCCGAAAGAAAAUGUUGUGGUUUGGAACGUUAUGAUAAAUGGAUAUGUUCUCAGCAAUCAACAUGAGAUGGCUGUUGCUUCAUUCAUGAAUAUGCGGGAGAGCGAUAUAGAACAAAAUGCCAUAACAAUGGUUAAUUUUCUCCCAUCCUUGACACAACUGAGAAGUUUACCUCAUGGGAAAUCAGUUCAUGGAGCUGCUAUCAGAAAAGGUCUUCUUCCUCAUUUGUGUCUCGAGACUGCAUUGACUGUACUGUAUGCAAAAAAUGGGGAGCUGACAUCUGCCAAGUUGGUGUUUGACACAAUGCCUGAAAAGAGCUUGGUGUCAUGGAAUGUCAUGAUAUCUGCUUAUGCACAGAAUAAUAGAAGUUUGGAAGCCUUGAAUUUAUUCCUAUUGCUAAUGUUGGAAGAGCCAUAUUUAAAACCAGAUGCCUUCACCAUCUCAAGCAUUUUACCAGCAUACUCCGAACUGGCUUUGCUUCGUCUCGGUAAGCAGAUUCAUAGUUAUGUUUUCAAGUUGGGCUAUGAAUCUAACACUUGGAUACAGAAUUCCAUCAUAUUUAUGUAUGCAAAAUGUGGAGAUCUAAACGAAUCAAGGAAGCUGUUUGAUAAAAUGCUAUUCCCGGAUGUUGUAACAUGGAACACAAUUAUCCUUGCUUAUGGACUUCAUGGGCUUAAAAAGAUUGCAUUAGAAAUGUUUUCAGACAUGAAAAAACUUAAUUUUGAACCAACUGAUAGCACUUUUUUAUCUAUAUUAUCUGCGUGCAGUGUCUCUGGAUUCAUUGAUGAAGGUUGGAUGUAUUUUGAUAUCAUGCAAAGGGAGCAUAAAAUUAAUCCGCGGAUUGAGCACUAUGGCUGCUUAGUCGAUCUUCUCGGCCGUUCUGGGGAUCUGAAGAAAGCGGUGGAGUUCAUAGAAAGAAUGCCGGUGGCUCCAACCUCGAGAAUUUGGGGUUCUUUGUUAACUGCAAGCAGAAAUAACAACAACAUCCGCGUUGCAGAAUUUGCAGCAGAAAGAAUUUUUGAGCUGGACCAUGAUAACACAGGAUGUUAUGUUAUACUCUAUGGCAUGUAUGCUGAUGCUGGUAGGUGGGAGGAUGCAGAGAGAGUGAGGUCUCUGAUGAAAAAAAAUGGCCUCCAUAGGACAAGAGGAAGGAGCUUCGUGGAGCUUAACUGUAAGACAUGGAGCUUUGUUGAAGGAGACAGGUCACAUUUUGAAAUUGAUACAGUUCAGAUGGUGUCAGACAUACUGUCCAUGGAGAUUGGAGAAAAUGCUGUAACUUUGUCUGUCAGAUUUAACCCUGAAGAUAUUGUGAGAAAGAAAGCAAAUCUGGGAAGUCGACAUACUGUAAGGUUAGCUCUGAGUUUUGGGUUGAUUUCAUCAGCUGUGGGAACUCCUGUUCUAGUAAAGAAGAAUAUCAGAAUUUGCAAUGAUUGUCACAGUGCAAUAAAAAAGAUCUCCAGUUUUACAGGAAGAGCGAUAAUUGUUGGUGAUUCAAGCAUCUAUCACCAUUUCAACAAUGGCGUGUGUUGUUGUGGUGAUUAUUGGUAAUUUUUUCCAUUGCAGGAGAGAUUAGAGGCAUAUCAUUGGGAAUAAAAGCAUAAAUUUACAGAACUUUACAGAACAGAACUUGAUCAUCACACAAAGAAUUCAUAUAUUCGUUAAACUUUUGUUUUUGCUCUCAUUUGUUAAUGUGCUUGUGUAUAUUUAUCCUACAUUUUAAUCAUGAAUAGGUUGAUGAUGAAAGAGCAACCUAUCAUUUAAGCAUGGACAAAAGAAGUUUUAUAGAUUAUCAUAUGGUGCUAUUAGGAAGCAAGUUCUUGUUCAUGAGAAAUGGUAGAAUGUUGUCUAAAUACAA